CUCUCAAUCAUCCCAAUAAAGAUUAUUUUUUAACUUGGAAAACGAUCCUGUCAAUCAUCCCAAUCGUAGAGAGAUUCUUUUUUUCACUUUGGGAAAGUACUUUGAACUCAGUCCUCUCCGUGAAUCCUCAAUGUUCAUGCAAGUUUCUUCAAAAGUAAACCCUCUUUAAAACACAGCAAAAACGUACACUGGAUUGAUUCGUCGCACUACCUAGUGAUCGAUAUUUUUGCAGAAGUUUUACAAUAUUCGUCAGAUUUCUCGAGAAAAACAAAACAACACACAUAUUCCGUGUCUUCCCCAAAAAAAACACACCAAAAUUAUUCUGAUUUGGGUUGCUAAUCAGUUGAACGGAAACAUGCAUUCCUCUGAGAUUUCAGGAAACCCAACAAACCCUUUGAAGAGAAGUUUUGAAACGAUGAUUUAUGAUUCAUCUAAUAGCCAACAACCCAGGCCCUCGGAAGACGUGAUUAUUCCCCAAACAAAUUUGUCACCCAGAGAGUAUCAGUUGGAUGUGUUUAAUGUGGCUAUGCGGCGUAAUACCAUAGCUCAUCUGGACACCGGCGCCGGAAAAACAAUGAUCGCCGUAAUGAUCAUCAAACAAGUUGCACUUUCUCUUAAAAAUCAACUAUCUGAAAAGAAACUGAUGAUCUUCUUGGCCCCAACUCGUAAUCUUGUUGAACAGCAAUGUAAGGUUCUUAGGGAAAACACAGAUCUUAUGGUUGAUUUUUACCAUGGGACUAAAGUGGGUGUUGGUAAAAAUAUCGAUGGAAAGAAGGUUGAUGAAUGGGAUGCUUCCAUUUGGGAACACGAGACAAGUAAAAAUCAAAUAAUGGUUAUGACUCCUCAAAUUUUGUUGGAUUCCUUGAGGAAUGCGUUUGUGAACUUUGAAAGAAUAUGUUUAUUGAUUAUUGAUGAGUGUCACCGAGCUACUGGUAAUCAUCCUUAUGUAACCAUAAUGAAGGAAUUUUAUCUCAAAGCUGUUGACAAGCCAAAAGUAUUUGGCAUGACUGCAUCCCCUGUAACUAAAAAAGGUGUCUCUUCGACUGAAGACUGUGAAGCACAAAUGACAAUGCUUGAAAGCAUGUUGGAUUCUCGGGUUUACACAAUAAGAAACAGGACAGAGCUGGAGAAUGUCACCCCAUCUGCCUCACAUUCCUAUUGUUUCUAUGAGCCAUCUAAGGUUUCUCAUUCAGAACUAAAAGCUAAACUGGAAUCCUCAAGAUUUAAGUUUGAAGCACAACUGCUGGAGUUGCAAGUGUCGCUACAAAGUAAUUACAAAGAUACCGAUGAAAAACAUGAAAUUCUAAGAAAGAGGUUGUCUAAUGAUUACACUAAGGUUGUUUAUUGUCUUGAUGAGUUGGGGCUUUUGUGUGCUUAUGAGGCUGUUAAAAUUUGUAUAGAGCAUGCCCCCAAAGCUGUAGAAGAAUGUGAUUUUUUUCAGAAAAGCUGCUCACAAUGUUUUUAUUUCCUUGAGGAAGCUUUGUCUAUCAUUGGGGAAUCUUUGCCAAAUGGCCAUGAACAUAUAUUUGAUGCUGGAUGUGAUUAUAAGAACAUGGUUGCAGCUGGUUAUAUCUCACCAAAACUAUAUCAAUUCUUGCAACUUUUCCUGUCAUUUGGGGAAGCUACACAAGUAUUAUGCCUUAUUUUUGUAGAAAGAAUUAUAACAGCUAAAGUCAUUGACAUAAUCUUGAAGAGAGUUGAAGACUUGUCUCAUUUGACUGUUUCAUAUUUGACUGGUAGUGCAACAUCCGUUGAUGCAAUGUCUCCAAAACUGCAAAAGGAGACUCUUGAUUCUUUUCGCUCUGGGAAGGUGAAUCUACUAAUUGCUACGGAUGUUGUUGAAGAAGGGAUUGAUGUGCCAAAAUGUUCAACUGUCAUCCGUUUUGAUAUCACAAAAACAGUUCGUAGCAAUGUCCAAUCACGUGGAAGGGCUCGUCAAACCAACUCCAAGUUCAUCAUCAUGCUUGAGAGGGGAAAUGCAAAGCAAAGGGAGCAUGUUUGUGAUAUCAUUCGAAGUGAACAGACCAUAAUGGAAAGUUCCAAAAAAAGAGACCCCAACACAGGCGUUGUAGAGCCAUGCAACUUCAAAGAAACAGAAGCUUACUUUGUUGAGGCAACAGGAGCUUCAGUCACUGCAGAUUCUAGUGUUAGCCUCAUUCAUAGAUAUUGCUCAAAACUCCCUGGCGACAAGUUUUACACACCCAAACCAGAUUUCCAAUUCUUACUGGUGGAGGAUUCAUACGAGUGUAAAAUGACUUUACCUCCCAAUGCUGCAUUUCAAACCAUAACGGGUCCUCGGUCUAAGACCUCACAUCUUUCAAAGCAGCUUGUAUGUUUGGAGGCCUGUAAAAAGUUGCACCAAAUGGGGGGACUCAAUGACCAUCUUCUCCCUAACAAUGAAGAUCCUUCAAGAGAUAUCACAUCUGCUAAAAAGACUAAAGAACAAUCCUCUGGUGCAGGGACUACAAAGAGGAAGGAGCUACAUGGAACCACACUCAUUCGUGCACUAUCAGGGACUUGGGGAGACAAAACUGAUGAUGGGGCAAAUUUUUUUGCUUACAAAAUCAUUUUCUCAUGUAGUGUUGUCGAUGUGCAAUAUUCAAGUUUCGUUCUUUUGGUUGAAUCUAAACUAGAGGAUGAUGUUGGCAAUAUUGAAAUUGAACUGUUUUUGGUUUCAAAAUUUGUGAAAUGCACUGUUUCUUCAUCUGUGGAGUUGCAUCUCAAUGGAGAGCAGAUAUCAAAAGCAAAGUGUUUCCAAGAAGUAUUCUUCAAUGGUAUAUUUGGGAAGUUGGAUAUCGGAUCCAAACAAACAACAUUGUGGAGCUCAUCAUACAUUUACUUGUUGUUGCCUUUGGAAUCAGUAGAACCUUUAACAAUCAAUUGGAAGACAAUUGACUCUAGUGUAUCCGCUGUUGACUUCAUCAAGUCUCGUAAUGACAUAAGUGAAGUGAAGAGUUUGGAUUUAGUCAUGACUGAUUCCAAUCACACAGAGAUUGUUCACUUUGCAAACAAAUCUGUUCAUAAAGAUAACAUAAAGGACCUUGUAGUUUUGGCUUUUCACACUGGGAAAAUCUACACAGUUCUCGAGGUGCUUGAAAAUGAAACCGCAGAUAGUCCUUUUGAUGGAAAUAGGUUUUCAUCAUUCACUGACUAUUUUGACAAGAAGUAUGGAAUUGCUCUACUACACCCAGCACAACACAUGGUGCUGCUAAAGCAAAGCCAUAAGGCACAUAACCUUCUUGUGGACUUCAAUAAUGAAGGUAUUUUACAUGGAAAGAAGAUACGUUCUGAGAGUUGUAAGGUGAAUACAGAGAGGCAGAGAUACAAUGCUCGCAUACCACCUGAACUUUUAGUUGUUAUUGAUGCAAGACUUGAUGUUGUGAAACCUUUUUAUUUGCUACCUUCAUUCAUGCAUCGCCUUGAGUCCUUGAUGUUGGCUAGUCAGCUUCGUCAACAGAUCACUUCCCAUUCUACUGACAUACAUGUCUCCAGCUCAUUGAUUUUAGAAGCCAUCACGACUCUUCGAUGCAAUGAAAGUUUCUCCAUGGAACGAUUGGAGUUGCUUGGUGAUUCAGUGCUGAAAUAUGCAGUCAGUUGUGAUCUUUAUCUGAAAUACCCAAACAAACAUGAAGGACAGCUGUCUUCUCGGAGAUCAUGGCAAGUUUGUAAUUCCACCUUGUACGAUUUGGGAAUCGGCGUCCAUUUACAGGGUUUCAUAAGAGACAGUGCGUUUGACCCUACUCGAUGGACAGCGCCAGGUCAGCAUCCUUCAAGACUUUACCCGUGUGAUCAUGGCAUCGAGACGACAGAUGUGCCAAUCGACAGCAAAUACCAGAGUGAAGAUACGAAAACUUUACUUGGAAAGUGGUGUGAUGUGGGCCACAGGUGGAUGGGGUCAAAGACAGUGUCGGACUGUGUUGAGGCCCUGGUGGGAGCUUAUUAUGUGGAAGCUGGUUUGACCGGAGCUCUUCACUGUAUGAAAUGGUUGGGUCUGAGUUGUGAGCUUGAUGAAUCGCGCAUCAAUGAAGCCAUUAAAAUGGCUUCACUUCAUGCAUACACCCCAAAACUUCAAGUGCUUGAGUGUGUAGAGUCGAAGAUUGGGUAUGAAUUUGUGGUGAAGGGUUUGUUAUUGGAAGCCAUCACUCAUGCUUCAGGUCAAGAGCAAGGAGUUGGAUACUGUUAUCAGAGGUUGGAGUUUCUUGGGGACUCAGUGUUGGACAUACUGAUUACAUGGUAUCUGUACAAAAAACACAAAGAUAUUGAUCCUGGAGAACUAACGGAUCUACGUUCGGCAUCGGUUAAUAAUGAAAAUUUUGCAUAUGCUGCUGUCAGACGCAACCUUCAUCACCACCUUCAGUAUCGCUCUGGCUUUCUCAAAACUCAGAUUGAAGAGUAUGAGAAAUUUGUGGCCACCUCUUCCACUGAUACAAACUCUCUCCAAACCAAGAAAUCCCCUAAGGCACUUGGUGACCUAGUUGAGAGUAUCACUGGGGCCAUAUUACUCGACACAAAAUUCAACCUUGAUAAAGUUUGGGGAAUCGUUGAGCCUUUAUUAUCGCCAAUAGUAACACCACAAAACCUCGAGCUUCCUCCUUUACGAGAGUUGAUGGAGUUAUGUGACUCAAUGGGCUAUUUCACCAAAGAAACAUGUCAAAUCAAGGGUGAUAUGGUAAUUGCGGAGCUACGGUUGCAGCUGAAAGACGCCUUAUUGAUUGGAAACGGAACCGGUUCAACCCGGAAAGUGGCAAGGGGACAAGCCGCUCUUCAAUUGUUAACACAGCUCGAGAAAAGGGGGAUUUCGAGAAAGAAUCAGGAAAAUGGAGAUGGGGAAAUCGAUAACGAAAACAAUAAGAAAAAUGAUACAACCCUAUUGAACCUAAGUCCUAAUAAGGAUACAAAGAUAACUCUGUUUGAUCCUCAGCCAUCAAUGAAGGAGGAAUUAGGAUCUAAUUCCAAGGUUGAAAUCCCAGUGAUAGAGUGUAUCAACAUGAAGAAGGGAGGACCAAGAAUUGCACUUCAUGAGCUGUGCAAGAAAAUGCAAUGGCUCAUGCCUGAUUUUACAACAUCAGAGAAAAGAUCAAAUUCUCUUGUUGAAUUUGGUGAAGGGAAGGAGAAAAGAACAGGGUUCAAUAGCUUUGAGGCACAUAUCACCUUCACUAUUCCUGGUUAUGGUGUAAUACAACUCAAGGGGAACCCACGCGCAGAUAAGAAGACUUCUUUUGAUUCUGCUGCCUUACUCAUGCUCUAUGAGCUCCAACGACUUGGAAAGAUCAAAAUUGGCCAGCUAGAAACUCAUCCGUAA